CGAAAGCGUUUACGGCGUGGGGCCCGUCCGCUCCACCCUCGCGCUGAGUUCUCGGCUGCCGGUCGGUCUGAGCAGGGCAGAACGGCGAGGAGGCCCCACCUGCGCCUCCGCGGGUUCUGGGUGGGGUCGCUGAGCCCCCGGGCGUCCCCGUGCGAACCCGCUCGCCACAGCUCUGAUGGCGGCGCCCUUAUAACCGGCGCAGCGGCCAGGUGUCAGGACUGUCCUGGAGCCGAAGGAGGAAAAUCCCCACCCACUGCAUUUUACCGCCUGGAGCGGUUUUAGGGAUUAUUGAGCGCAGCGGAUUAAAAUCUUGCCACAGUUGAGAAACUGACAAAGUGCUUCCCUGCCGUACAUAGUUCUCCUCUCUUUUUUACUUUUAGGAAGGAAAACCCAGAAAGAUGUAUCAGACUUGUGUAAAUGAGCGUGUGUCAAAAGGGCGGACAGUUUUUGCUUUGAUUUUAUGAAGGAAUAUUUUCUGGGGAACUGGGAAGGAUGCACGGUUGAUGUGUGUCAGCGGGUGUCCAGCAAGGUCUGGGAAGUGCUGGCAUGGCGACGCCCCCUGGACCUGUGCUGAGCUUGGAGGAUCACCCCGGCGGCAGGCUGCUCCUCGUGGCUUUCUGGCCUCCUUUCUGUACACACUUAAAGACUGGCGGCUCCGGCAGUCACCCCGGUCAGCCUUACCAGCCCUGUUCAUCGUCAGGGCUUGUCACAUCGGGGUCCGUGACUUUCGAGGAUGUGGCCGUGAGCUUUUCCCGGGAGGAGUGGGGGCAGCUGGGCCAAGCCCAGAGGACUCUGUACCAGGAGGUGAUGCUGGAGACGUGCGGGCUCCUGGUGUCCCUGGGGCAUCCGUUUCCCAAACCUGAGCUGACCCAGCUGCUGGAGCGUGGGCUGCAGCUGUGGCCUGUGAGGAGGGACCUCCUCUCCCGAAGCACCUUCCCAGCCACAGGUGUGCCUCUGAGUGAGUCGUCUGGGGAGUCGCAGCUCACUUCGCUGUCCGAGGCAUCAAGCUCCUUGACCACAUGCUGUGUCUCCCGAGCCUGCCUCGCCCGCCACCCUCAGGAGCUCUACCAGCACAUGGCCGGCACUCUCCCCGUCUUUUGCCUGAAUGAUGCCGGAGCCUCCCACCCUGCCUGCCCACAUCUCUGUGCCCCUGUGCAGCUCGGUACCCUGCACCAGCUCCUGCACCCACUCCGACCUGGUCUAAAUCAUCACGGCUUCCUCAGUCACUGCUGUCUUAGCACAGAAUCAGCAUCACGUGAAAAACGAACGCUGCGUGCCUCUGCCGCUUGCUCCCGAGCCUGUGCUGGCCCAUCUGUGCCUCGCAUCUGUGGCUUCCCUUUUCCUCUGUGGAACACGUCUCACCCCUGACCUCUUGGCCUGUUCCUCCACUGGCCCCACACGGCGCCUCUGCCUUCUCUGGGAACCUGCUUCUUCACUUUUCUCCGACUUGUGUAUCCAUCUUCUCUCCC